AAAUGAAAACGCAAAUUAUUAUACCUGGAAAUACUAUAGUAAAAACAAUUUUGAAACAAUUGUUUUAAUCAGAAAACUUAAAAGCCAUUUUCUGAGAAAACCAGGCAAUGCUCAAAAGUGUAUGAGUAAGGAAAACAUAAAGAUGGAAAUAUUUAAAAAAUGAAUUGAAAUGGCCUUCUUUGAAGCAUUUAAAGUUGAUUUAGAAAAUAUCACAAAAAAGUAUGAAAAUGUUUCAUCUAUUGGUGAAUCUUUUAAUGUAAGUGACUUAAGUGAUCCAGAGAACGAAUAUAUUUCUAACAACAGCCAGUAUGUAGAAGAAACAGAGAGUGAUGAGGAUAGUAUUGAUGAAAGUUCAAGUAGCAAUGAUAGUUUAAUGGAUUCUGAACUGUCAAAGAAUACGCAUUUCGAUAACCUUGUGGUUACCUAUGAAGAUAAAGAAUUAUCAGAAGAAGAAGAAGAAGAAGAAGAAGAUGAGACACUCCUAGAUCAAAUAUUUGAUGGUAGUUAUGAAUCCAUACACAAUGCUAGAUUGUUUGUUCAAUUUGGCGAGGCAGUUUACAGGGUAACUAAUCCACAUUUACUCAAAAACCCUGCAAACUCGUACCAAUCUGAUACAUUGCCACACGCCAACUCGACUAUAAUUUCAGAAAAAGAAAUAUGAUAAAGAUAUUUAAAUUGUUAAAUUAUUUAUCAUUAUUUUUAUUUUAUACAUAUAGUUUUACUGUUUUGUUUUAAUAAAGGUUUAUAAAUAUAUUUAUUUAAUUAUUGUAUUUAAUAUACACUACAGUCUUAACUAUUCAAA